AUGUUAUCCUCAUGCUCUAACAACUCCCCCUCCAUCCCCUCAAUCACCAUCACGAACGACCAAGGCACUUCCCGUGCCAUUUCCACGAAUACCUUUGAUGCCUUUCUGCCGUCCUCACAUCUGUCCACCAUGAGCGACCUUGCCGCAGCGAAGCAAGCAAAGAAGGAUGCUCGCAACCCCACCAUUUUGCUCAAGAAGAGCAGCAAGCGCGUUAGCAACGCGCUGAAAAUGAAGAUCAAGUCUGUGAGUAAGAGCGCGAAAAAGGACAACAAAGUGGAGGAGGGGUUCAAGGUGUUCAAGGUGGUCAAGGUGGAGAGCAAGGAGUAA